AUGAUGUCUAAACCAUUUUUCAUUAAACUUUCGUUAAAAUCGGCCAAGAAAUUCCUUUUAAACGUUCAAAUAACGACGUUAAAUAUUUCAAUUAAUAAAAAUCUCUGUUCAGCAAUGACAAUUAAUGAUAUAUCACAACUAGAACUGCAGAACUCAACGCAUUGGACAAAUGCGCAAGAUGAACAAUGCAUAAGCAUAAGACAAGAGCUUAGAAAAGUUCAGGAAUCAAUUCUUGAAAUAAUCGGAGUUUUUACGACCAUUUUCUUGCUUCUGUUUGCAUUCAGGUUCAUCAAUACAAGUUUUUGCUGUUCCAGAAACUCAGAACCAAGAUUUAACGAUUUAAUGAUGAAUAACCUUAAUAUUCAUGAGAUAAGCAAUCCUGUUGAUAAUAUUAGUCCAAAAGUUUCCCAAUUGGUCGGUUCAAGCACCGACAAACUUGUUAUAACUGUUGAUGAUGACGAAACCUUUAAUAAUAACCCUUAA